AAGGGCAAAGGGCAAUUCAUUACAAAAAAAAAAAAAAAAGUAAACCAUUAAUGUGAAUCAUGCAACACCUUAAAUUCAAUAGUCAAGUUUAUUUUUCUUGACAAUCCUUUCCAUUUUUCUCGUGCGAGGUAGAUCAUACCAACCAAAUAGGAUUGAAAAGCUCGGGCUUGAUUAACCGAUCAGCAAAAUUCAAUAAAGUAAGGAUUGAAGGAAAAUAAUUUUUUUUAAGUUCUUGAGAAAAAAAAAUGGAAAGCGGUUUGGAGGCAACAAGUUUUAGUAUUCCAGAACAUGUUUUGAGGUGGAGUGGACAGAAAAUGCCGAUUACGGGAUUUGGCACGGCAUCCGACCCAGUUGAAGGAUCAGAAUUAGUUACCAAACUUGCAGUUCUCCAAGCAAUUAAACUUGGUUAUAGGCACUUUGAUACAGCUUCUUUGUACGGGACAGAGCAGCCGCUGGGUGAAGCAAUCACGGAAGCAAUUUCGCUUGGCUUAAUCAAAACUCGAGACGAGCUCUUCAUCACUUCCAAGUUGUGGUGCAUCGAUGCUCAUGGAGAACUCGUUCUUCCUGCUCUUCGGAGAAGCUUAGAAAAUCUCAAGAUGGAGUACCUCGAUCUCUAUCUCAUUCAUUGGCCUUUAAGCGUAAAAAAGGGGAUUCAAGGAGUCUCAGGAGAUGAGGAAUACUUUAUCUUCCCCAUGGAUUUCAGUUCCGUAUGGGCCGCCAUGGAAGAUUGCCAGAGGCUUGGCCUCACAAAAUCGAUAGGUGUCAGCAAUUUUUCAUGCAAAAAGGUGGCCAAUAUUUUGGCAAUUGCAAAGAUCCCUCCGGCUGUUAAUCAGGUGGAAGUGAACCCGCUUUGGCAACAAAAUAAGCUAAGAGAGUUUUGCCAUGCAAAUGGGAUCCUUUUGUCAGCUUACUCUCCAUUGGGAGCCAUAGGAACCAGUUGGGGCAGCAAUAGAGUUCUGGAGUGUGAGGUGCUGAAAGAAAUUGCUGAGGCAAAAGGGAAGACCGUGGCUCAGGUAUGUCUAAGAUGGGCAUAUGAACAAGGGGUGAGUAUAAUAGUGAAGAGCUUCAACGGUGAGAGAAUGAAGCAAAACCUUGACAUAUUCAAUUGGUCAUUGAGUGAGGAUGAGCUGAAAAAGAUCAAUGACAUCCCACAAAGCAGAGGCUGCCGGGGAGAAGAGUUCUUGUCCAAAAACGGUCCUUUCAAGACACUUGAGGAAUUAUGGGAUGGGGAAAUUUGAUUUGGGAUAUUAUUUCCAUUCGCGCAGAAUUGUUUUUCUAAAUUUGACAAAGAAAAAUUGCUUAUAUGUCACUCUCUAAUAAUUCUGAUGACUUUGUUGUACUUUUUUCCC